CAACAAUCGAGAAGGGACGCGCACGUUCUCUGAAUCUAGUGCGGUUACAUGUGCACAACGUAACCAGUUUACAUAACAAGCAAGUAAAACGACGCAGGGCUUAACCUGAUGAACGCAGUGACGGUUCGGCAAGGGGCUGUUAUUACGUAACGUGAGAGUUCAAACAGUUGAGGAAUCACAGUGUGUUGAAUAAUUGCGCAAGUAAUACCUUCAUAGAUCAAUAAAGUAGGCACCACAUGAGGUAACUUAACAUGGAAUAAGAGUUACACAAUGCAGCGGGAGAGUGGUAAUGUAUUAGAACAGGCUGAAAACUUCUUAAAGAAGUACCCGGAUUUGAUAACCUCACUUUACAGUUAUCACAAGAAGUCUAAGCUAAAGUCCGAGGGAAGGAUCUUACGUAGGGACACAGAGAGAAUCAGGAGGUAUAGAAAGUUUAGAAAAGAGCCCAAUUCGCGGCUGAAACAAUUCGAAAACGCAUUUUUCCAAGCGAUGGACCAAAAACCUCUUCUCUUUACUUGUCCCGUGUGUAGAAGCGUCCUUAGGACGCCGGUGACCAUCGAGUGCGGGCAUACCUUUUGUAAUGACUGUUUAAGUUCGCCAGAAAAUAAUUUUUCCAACAGAUGUGCCGUUUGUGCCGCGGAGUUAGUGCUCGAAAGGCGGUGCAUCAAUGUUUUGGUUCAACAUCUGGUCGAAAAAUGGAGGGAACGGAAUAAACACAUUGAUGAUACAGAUUUGUUUCUCUUAUUGAAGCAAUUCAUUUGUGAAAUAUCCAACAGCGCCAUCUCAGUUAUAGGUACUCUCAAGAACUACAUACUUUUUCUAGUUCUUUCAUAG